AAUCUCACAGCCUGACUUGUUCCUGUAAGUCUCCAAAGUGUUUUGUGUCUCUGCCUGCAAGGCCUGAGUGAUCACUGGCAACAUAUGAGUGCUGACUUUGGGUGAGAGACUGUGCCUGAUGCUUGAGUCCUUUCAUUCCUCAUUGCUGCUAAAAAUCAGUGAAAGAAACUCCUGUUUCCUCCAACAUGCUGACAAGCUCUUAGCUCAGAAAGCAGACAUUCAGCUGCCAGCUUCAUACUCAGCCUGCAGUCAUGAAGAAUGUGAUCCUGUUGGCGAUUUUAAGUGGGGUGUUCGCUGCUCCGUUUAUUAAUGAGGAGGUGGCUAAGAAGUUCAUCAGGUUGAAGAGACAGGCGGGAUACUGGGAUCCACACCACUCCCAGAACAUGUGGGGUUUCACCAUCCAGGAACAGGCCAACGAACACUGGACGGCAAUUCGAGACGGAGCUCAAUACUACAUGGACAUGAGCCACCUGAUGUUUGACCGCUCUGUGGCUGAUGAAAAUACCAGACAGUUAAUGGAGAUGCUGCGAAAUGCACAAGCUCACCUGGACAGCCAGACGGCCCAACACAGAUAGACAACAAGAUAGAGGAACUUCAUGAUGUGGACACAUUAUCACAACUUUUUAAAGGCAGGAUUUUGAUCCUACUGGGAGUUAUACAGUAGAUCGUAGUGCAGAGAGUGCUUUACAGUUUAGUUUGUAGAAGAUCUAUUUCUUACUUUUUUUAAACAGGAAAUGAGUUUUACAACUUUUUCACUGAGAUGUAGCCCAAAAUAUCUAAAAUGAAUUGUACUUUUCAUCUAAUAAAACUUUGAGAGCAAA